AGGAAUUCUGGAAGGACAAAGUAAUCUAUAAAGUUUGGGAAUGCAAGAAAAUUACUUGACAAGAACCACCCGGAUGUUAAGUCACGUAAAAAGAAAGAAAAGGUUCAGACUGAUAAUGAGAGGAAAGAUCUGGAAAAGACUUUCACCUGGGGACUAGCCAAAUUCUUACCAGAGCAAUUGAUUACAGAGGAUGAAGUUUCCCUGGAGCUUCAUAUCAAAUGGCUUCAGCGAGAGCACAAAAAAACAGAUCCUGAUUUUGAGGCUGUUGUGCGGAAGAUGGAAAUCACCUUCCCACAUCACCGGGAAUUAGUGGUUCGUCAAAGCAUCAGUGUAAAGGAGUUGAUAGAAAAGUCCCCAUGGCUUGCAUCUAGGAAUGAGCUUUUGAGAGAAUUUGAGAGAUUGGAACCAAAUACACCAUCUAAUGUCCUUGCAGAUUUAUUGUCAGUGGGACUGACAAAAUAUAGAAAGGGUAUUGUCCGUCUCUUGAAAUCCAAGAAAAAGCAUGAUCUGCUUUCCCAAAUUGAGGAAACAAGUCAGCACUACAGAACGGAAGGACAACGAAGUUAUGCUGAUGAUUGUAUGGCCCUUGCUGAACUGCCGGUAUUGUUCAAAGAGAAAACAGAACUACUGCUCAUCAAGGAUGAGAAUGCAGAGCAGCCCAUGGGAAUAAAAUUCAAAAAGAAUAUUAUGACAAUGGACACGGAAAGUUUUAUUGUUUACGCAGAGGGCACGGAAGUUUUUAAAUGUGAUUCAUUCUUUGAGGCAUAUACUGGUUUAUUAGCUUGUAUCUAUGUCAUGAACUUGGCAUAUCCUAAAGGUCUAGAAAAGACACUGUUAUUUGUACAAAAUAUCCUUAUUGGACUCAAGGACAAUGCCGAGAAAAAUUCUAUUGACAAAAGAAUUGUAAAUGUAUUGUCACUGAUCAAUGCUGAAUUGAAAAAACAAUAAUUCUUUUUCCAUGCAAGUCUUUCCUCUCAAUCAGUGAGGAAUAUAUUUAGAACCCUCUAUACAUCUCACACAUUAAAGAGUACUGAUUCAGGGGUGUUCUUAUGCAGUAACACAUUAUUUCCAUGUAUUUUCCCCAAAUGAAUUAGUAACAGUGAUUUCUGUUCAUCAGUACACAAUGAUCAUUUUUGCAGGGGGGGGGGGUAUAUGCUCUGUUGAAAAUUAUAUAGAUUAGCUCAAUAUUUACACUUUUAUACAAUAUAAUUUUUCCCAUGUCCAAAAAACAUUUUCCUUCAGUGUAUAAUUUUGUAAGCUACAUUCAUAAUAUUACCAAAAUGUUAAUUAAACUUAUUUAAGAAAUGACGUAAAAUUUUCUUUUUGUAUGAUAUACAUUUGAAAUGUAUAAUUUAAUGCAUAAUGUGUAAUAUACAUUUGAGGAAAAGAUUUUUUGCUGAAAAAAUAUUUCUUGCAUAUAAUAAAUGUCUCAAAAAAUGAUUUUUAUAUUAUUUUUGAUACCUAAAGGUUGGUUUUUACCUGGAAUUUGAGAGGCCUUGUAGACCUAGUAAGUUUACUAGGCUGGGUUGGAGUAUUUUACUAGAUAUGCUUAUUGAACUACUUGUAGUUUAGUGAUAUUACUAGAUUAAAGUUGUACAUAUACUAAAAAUGACUAGAAAAGGUACCUGCAACCUAUUAA